UGUUAUGUCAUAAUUCCAGUCCAUAAAAUCAAUGCCCAACCGACAUAUCUGUACUGCGCAAGUGAUGGCCGUGAAAAAUGGCUUUGUAUCGAUUCAACGCAUUCGGUGUCGUCUCGCGGGGAAGAACAAAAUAAACGGAGUCUCUAACACAUAGCGUGUUAAUAAAGCAUAAUAAAUCGGGUUGAUAGUGGAGAUGAUUGCGGAGUAAAAAUUUGUUGUGAUACCGCACAGGCUGCGCUGUUAUCGUGUGUACCGUGAUGAAAAAUGGGUCUCUGUAUUCAACUGAAAUGGAUUUCGCUGAGCUUUACCGUGCUGUACGUUAUGCUGGCCGUUGCCGAUCUGGCCGUCAGUGUAUCGUGGUGUCUGCAUUCGGACGGUGUGGAUACGGGACCAGCCGAGAAUUGGUUGCAUUUUAAUCGUGUCUUAAUUGUGUUAAUUUUGCUGGGAAUUUUUCUGGGCAUUGCCGGUCUGUUGGGAUGCGUGGCGGCGCUGAGGGAUGCGCUGGGAUGGCUGGUCUUCUCCACCGUGUGCGUCCUGAUGUUGGCGUGCGGGUUCAUUGUGGUGGCGGUCUUUCUGGAUACGCGGAUGGCGGAUGCGGAGCAUGCGGUGAAGAACACGAUGAUCAGCCAGAUGCAGGCCUAUAACAACACCGAUUUCAACGAAACCAUUUCCUAUUGGGACAACAUGCAGAGGAAGUAUAACUGCUGCGGGAUUGAAUCAGCAGACGACUGGAGCAGUCUGAGUCAGUUGGUUCCGCAGUCGUGUUAUCCCAAUGGCGGCUCUGUAUUUCAUUCGCCUGGAUGCCUCUUUCACUCUUUAAUACCGGCCAGGAAAGCAGUCGAAGGGACUCUUAUUUCGACAGGAGUAAUGGCCGGUAUCCUUUUCCUUGGAUUCAUCUGUAAUGUCAUGCAUUGUUGCCUGCUUCGAAAAACACGGGAUAAAGAAAUUUGAAAAUUUUCGCAUAUACCUUCGUUUUAAAUCGACCGAUCUCUAGCACACCCGUACAGAAAAUGUAAAUCAGUAAAUUUGUACUGGUGCAAACUUGAAGGACGGCCAUUUUUAGACCUGUGUUACGUUAAAUAAAUAUGUUUUAUUUUUGAAGUAUGCUGUUAAUGUGGAGUCGAUGAUUGUCGCCACGUGUGUUUGAGACGUCGAGUGCAGUGCCUGCGUAACUGCGCUGUAUUUCACCAUACCAUCCAAAAUAAGUACGAGUAUGGCUUUUUGUUGCGGACAAAAUUAUAAUUAUUGUCUUAAUGACGCACAAACGUGGAAGAGCUGACUCUGCGGGCAAGCUAAGACCAUUGGACAGUAUCGUUAUUCACGGA